AUGGGUGGAAUUUUUUCAAAUUUGUUCAGUCGUCUGUUCGGCAAGAAAGAAGUUCGUAUCCUGAUGGUUGGUCUAGAUGCUGCUGGCAAAACAACAAUAUUGUACAGGUUAAAACUUGGGGAAGUUGUUACAACUAUUCCUACAAUUGGAUUCAAUGUUGAAACAGUGGAAUAUAGAAACAUUAGUUUUACGGUGUGGGAUGUCGGUGGUCAAGAUAAAAUACGUCCUUUAUGGAGACAUUAUUUCCAAAACACUCAAGGUUUAAUAUUCGUGGUUGACAGUAAUGACACUGAUCGCAUUGGGGAAGCAAAGGACGAGUUUGUUCCGUAUGUUACAAGAGGACGAGUUACGAGAUACACUUCUUUUGGUCUUUGCAAACAAACAGGUACGGAUCUACCAAAUGCUUUAAAGCCUACUGAGCUAACAGAUAAAUUAGGACUACAUCAAUUACGGAACCGCACAUGGUAUAUUCAAGGAACAUGUGCCACAAACAGUUCUGGUUUAUUUGAGGGUUUGGAUUGGCUCUGUCAAAAUUUAGGCGGCAAGAAUUAAUAAGUCUUUUGCAUUUUCAUUCAAAGUGCUGUGAGACAACGGCGAUUGGCCUUUUUCUUCCUACUUCACAUGUUUCUUGGUUUCGCAAAAUCUGUUGUGUACAUUUGAUGUGACCAUGUGACUAGAUUUCCGCAAUAAUAGAAAAGUGAAUUUCGGCCCAUUCGUCGCUUGCAUUUUUCCAUUUUCUUUUUAAACUUGUUAAUGUUUUAAUGCAAAAAGUCAAA